UCCUCUAUCUCCUUCAACAGAGCUUCCCUUGUAAUUUAGCACCUAAGCUAAUGGUACCAGUGUCAUUAUAGUAUUAGACGCGUACACAGUAGAGAGGGAGAGGGAAAUUGACUGCUGGCUUUUACCUUGCCAUCCUGUGUUGGUGCUAUAUUAUUUUCUUAUAAUUUGUAGCCCUCUUGUUGUUUUGUGUCAGACAGCAAAGAGUGUUUCAGAAUCAGAUAGGCCCUCUCUUUUCUUGUUUAGGGAGUAAUAUUAUUACUUUCAAUUCAAAGAGGUUUUCAUUCCAAUGAUGCUUCAGAAAGGUGGUCUUCUUGGGCUCUAAUGGCUACCUUUUCUGAUAGCAAAUCUUUUGGGGGCCAGCAUUAGUUGAAAUUUGGUCUUGCUUUAAGGAAAUAUGAAACUUGGAUCAAAGAAAGUAUGGAAAUCCAUCAUACCCCUUUGUUCGAACGGCAAAUCAGCCACCCGCUUUUGUUUGUUUCCUAAACCAAGAUCAGCUAGCUAUGGUCCAGGCGAUACACCUGUUUAUCUCAAUGUGUAUGACUUGACGCCAAUGAAUGGCUACGCCUAUUGGGCAGGCCUCGGCAUCUUUCACUCUGGUGUGGAAGUUCAUGGAGUAGAAUAUGCGUUUGGAGCCCAUGACUACCCAACAAGUGGUGUUUUCGAGGUCGAGCCUCGGCAGUGCCCAGGCUUCAAGUUCAGGAGGUCCAUAUUCAUCGGGACCACAUGCCUGGACUCCAUUCAGGUUAGAGAAUUCAUGGAGCGGUAUGCUGCGAGCUAUCAUGGUGAUACAUAUCACUUGAUUGUUAAGAAUUGCAACCAUUUCUGCAAGGAUAUUUGUUACAAGCUGACUGGGAAACCAAUUCCAAAGUGGGUAAAUCGACUGGCAAAAAUAGGUUCAAUAUGCAACUGCGUGCUUCCUCAAUCCCUUAAAAUAUCUGCUGUGCGACAUGACCCCUGCGGCCAACCUUAUGACAGUGAGAAGAGAAGGUUAAGAAGUGCUUUUAGUUGCUUGUCUUCAAUCUCAAUGCGACAAAAGCAGCUGUCAACUUCUUCGUUACUGCUACAAUCACCUUUGAAAGGCUGCCUGCCAUGGGAAUUGAGAAGGUCCAUGAACGGUUCCUUGAAAGAAAGAUGAAAGCUACUCGAGGGUCUCUUUAGCGUUCAUUGGGGAUUUGAUGUCUUUGCAUAUUGAUUAGCGACCAAACCCUAUAAGGUUAAUGGGCGGGCUUGUUGACAUGAAUGGUUUUUGUGUGUGGUGGUUUUAGUACCAGUCUGCUGUUGCAAACCAUUAAAAUGCUAGUUAAAUUCUCCCUCGUCUGAGAAAAAAGCUAGAUAACCAUUGGCGCACCCUUGUGAGCAGUGAGCUGUGGUUGAUCCAUUUUUUAUGUCCAGCGGCCAUUUUUUUGGCAGACGAAUUAAUUGGUUGUCUGUUCUUUCAGUUUGUAUAUAAUAGUGUGAGUUUGAGAA